AUGCCUGGGGAUGACUUGAGACAAAGUUCCAUUGCGAUCCUCGAUGUUGUGAGUGGAAAGAGGAGGGGAAAGGGGAACAAGACCACAAUAGCAAAGGCAGGUAAGAAGACGAAUACUGCAAAACGGCCUCCUUCUUUACCUAUUAUUAUCGAGACCCAGUACGAGGCCAUCAAGCCAAAGGCACUGAAUACCGGUGUUCCCGAGGUAUCUAUUAUAUAG